AUGGAACGCUACAAAGCGGUGAUAUUUGACUUGGACGGUGUGCUGGUGGAUACUGAGGGAGCCACCUGUGAGUGGAUUGCUCAGCUCCUCCGACCGCACGGUCUUCAGUGGACCCGCGAACUUCAUCGGCGAGUUGCAGGCACUGUGAAGUUUUUCCCUGAGCGAUGCUUGGAGCUGUUGGAGGUCUCUGCGCAGAGGAAGGCCGAGCUGCUCCAGUGGCUGCCACCAAGACUGACCUCGCCAGAGUACAACGACUACGUAGGAGAACGUCUGGCAAUCAAAGCAGGUGCUGUUGCCUUGAUACAGCGCUUGCAAUCCCUGCAGAUUCCCCUGGCCCUAUGCACCAGCCGCAAAGGUGAUGGCCUGCAAGCCUUGAUGGAUCUCAGAGUGGAGCUGGCUGAGCUAUUACAAGCUCUGAAGGUUCAGGUUGUUGGAGCCAUUGAUCCUCGCAGUGGCCAGCAACUGAAGGGAAAGCCUGACCCGGAGGUGUACAGCGCUUGUGCUGAGAUUCUGGGAGUGGAAGCAAGCCGAUGCGUGGUGUUUGAAGAUGCUCCAUCUGGCGUUCAAUCAGCAAAGGCUGCUGGUUGCUUCACAGUUGCUGUUCCGGAGAUGUGGAUGAUUGGCGACCCAGCGGCGGAAGAGGUUUUUGCCCUUGCAGACCUUCGCCUGGAAUCUUUGGAAUCCCUGCUUCAACCGGAGGCAAGUGCUUGGACUGGUCUUUUUGGACCGCUACCUCCGCUUCUUGUAGGUUUUGGCAACCCAACGGUCGACGUGAUCUCAGUGAUUGAUGACCUAGGAUCCCAUUUGCUGGAAUUCGGAUUGUCCCCUGGCACAGAGGCCACAGGUUUGCAGGAUUCGCAGAAGGUGGCACUGGUUGAGCUAGCCAUGAAGAAUCCAAGCGCCAAGGUGGCCGGUGGUGCGUGUAUGAAUACGCUGAGAGUUGCGUCAUGGUGGGGCUUGCGUGGUGCCUUUAUUGGUGCAAUCGGCAGAGACAUGGAGGGACUGAUCAUUCAGGAAGCCUUAGUUGAUGCAGGGGUUGUGCCAUUGCUGAAGCAGGUGGAAAAGAACACCGGUAUUUGUGGCGUAUUGGUGGACAGUAAAAAUCGCGAUCGCACCCUCUCAAUGGUCAGGGGUGCAGCUGCGGAGCUUGAUCCAAAGUGGCUAGAAAAGUCCAGUGUUUCCUGUCUCGUGAAUGAGGCGUCCAUGGUUUACAUCACCUCUUUUGUUCUGACUUCUCAGCCUCGCAUAGCCGCUGCCGAAGCGUUGGCAAAGAGUGCUCUGAGAAAUUCGACGUCCAGGACACGGCUGUGUUUGAAUCUCUCCUCAGCCGGACUUCUGCGGAGAGUCAAGGAUUCCUUGUUGCAGUUGUUGCCAGAGUGCUCCUUUCUCUUUGGAAAUUGUGGAGAGCUUCGAGCUUUUGCGGCGCUCAUGGGCUGGACUGCCAUAGCUGCCACUGCUUCGGAAUCGGAUUUGGACCAAUUGGAACUCAUCAAACGCCUGGCUGCCAUGCUGAAACCUGGUGGGAUGGCAGUCAUCACAGCAGGUGCUGAACCAACCAUGGUGGCAACUGGAGAUGGCUAUGCCCAGUGCUUUCCUGUCCCAUUGUGGCAGCACCUUUGUCAGACUGCAUCCAAAGAG